AUGGUUGGUGUUGUUACCGCAGCUGUAUGUUUAGUAGGAAUACCAUUGGUUGUUGGCUUAUUAGUUGCCUUAUUUUUUUGUAUGCAGCGAUAUAGAAAACUCAAGAAAGAAAUAACAGAUGAUGAAAUAUUGGAAGAAGAAAUAAAAAAGGACAAUGAUUCUUUUCAAUUUGAUAACAUUGAAACUUGGAAAGUUGACUUGACAAGAACUGUAAAACCUGGAGAUUUAGAAUGUGGGAAUGUAUCUGUGAAAAAGGAAGAAAGACAAUUACAACAAAAUAGACACAAAGAUAUGGAAUGUAUAUCACGAUCGUAUAUACCUGCAUAUAGGAAAACAUUUAGAAACCAGUUUCAUGAAUUACAGAAGCAACAUAAAAUGAAUAGUUUUGAAAGUGGAUUUAAUGAAAGUAACUCCUCAAAUUUAACAAAAAAUGACAAAAGAGGGAGUAUAUAUGAGCAAAUUCUCCCUAUGUUCGAGGAUUUUGACCCUAUUCAUGAAGAAAAGUCUGCUCAAAUAAAGAACAGAUUACCUCAAAAAGAUGGAGUUGACAAGAAUUAUAUACUUUUGGGGCGGUCAUUGGCAAAACAAGAUUUUGGAUCAUAUUAUCCUCGCAAUUGA